GGCUUCCUUGAGGAAUUUGGUGGUCUCUCUGAUGAGUUCUAUGAAGUCUAUUAUCAGCCUGCUCUUCCUCCUUUUCCUCUUCAUUGUAGUCUUUGCUCUACUUGGGAUGCAGCUUUUCGGUGGCAGAUUUAAUUUUAUGGAUGGCACUCCUUCGGCAAAUUUCGAUACCUUUCCUGCAGCCAUCAUGACAGUUUUCCAGAUAUUAACAGGUGAAGAUUGGAAUGAAGUGAUGUACAAUGGAAUUCGCUCUCAAGGUGGUGUCAGCUCGGGAAUGUGGUCAUCCAUCUACUUCAUAGUCCUCACAUUGUUUGGGAAUUAUACCCUACUUAAUGUAUUCUUGGCCAUCGCUGUGGACAACCUAGCCAAUGCACAGGAACUGACAAAG